CUUCAGUUAGCGGCCAUGUAUCUGCGGCUUACGAUAUUACAGCGAGUGGGGGAGUUGUACAGUAAAAGUGGGCGGGGGCAUCGCAGCUGAGCAAAAUGUCACAAAUAUGAAGGACAGAAACCAGUGUUAGCGAGCCCGAACUCCCCGUUGUGUCGAUCUGACCGGGAUGGACUUCAUCUUGGGCGGCGGGGCGGCCUGCGGAGCGUGUCUCUUCACCAACCCGCUGGAGGUCGUCAAGACGCGGAUGCAACUUCAAGGGGAGCUGAAGAGCCGCGGCACCUACCAGGUUUACUAUCGCAACGUUUUCCACGCUUUCUACACUAUCGGUAAAGUGGACGGACUAGCCGGCUUGCAGAAAGGGCUGGUCCCCGGACUGUUUUAUCAGUUCUUUAUGAAUGGAGUCCGGCUCGGCUCCUACGCCAUCAUUGAGUCGGCAGGUUACAUCCACACCAACGGAAGGGUCAGCGCGGUGAAAACCACGUUAGCGGGAGCUAGUGCUGGGGUUGUAGGCGCCGUCAUGGGCAGCCCUGUGUACCUGGUGAAGACACAUCUGCAGAGCCAGUCUACCUCCUCCAUCGCAGUGGGACAUCAGCACAGACACGAGGGGAUGAUCCAUGCUCUCAAAGUCAUCUACAGGCAGCAUGGCAUUCUGGGACUGUGGAGGGGCUCCAGUGCUGCUAUACCAAGGGUCAGCAUAGGCUCUGCAACCCAGCUCUCAACUUUCUCCUCCUCUAAGGAGCUAGUCGUCGACCUAAAGGUUUUCCCGCAGGACAGCUGGUUGGUGCCUCUUAGUGCCGGCAUGAUCAGCAGCGUGAUGGUGGUGCUGGCAAUGACGCCUUUCGAUGUGGUUAGCACGCGACUCUACAACCAGCCUGUCGACCAUUUGGGAAAAGGGCAGCUGUACAAAGGAUUCAGUGACUGCUUCUCCAAGACUCUGAAAAAGGAGGGCCUCACAGGACUCUACAAAGGCCUGGGAGCCUCUUAUUUCCGACUCGGCCCACACACCAUUCUGUCCCUCUUCUUCUGGGAUGAGCUGCGCAAACUGUACCAGAAGCUCAGAUAACAUCAGGGAAACCAGAGGAAAAAAAUGGGUAAUUCAUUAUGCAGAGGUGAAAUGAGUCUUCAUUCAAGGAGGUAAAGGAAAAACCAGAAGCUGUCCUGUUUGCUUAUUUUUACUGUGAAGGAGCAAAGGUUUACAACACUCCGUUGAGAAAGCACAUUAAACUUGAAAUAUGCAAUUUGGUCUGAAACUUCACCCAGAAGCUCAAUCUUUAAUGGAACCGUCUUGAUUUGUCACAUUGCUAUGUGUGCACAGACAAAAACACAUGCAGUAUGUCAUAUAGGGAAACAUCUUCCCCUUAUCACCCUAAUUACAUCAUUCCAAAGUAUUUAAAAUGUGCACUUCAUGCAUUAUGGAGAAAGCAGCACAUGAGCCUAUGUUGCAGCCGAAUCAUUUCUGCAGUCUGAAUAGACUUGUGAUCCCAUCGCAGCCUGAGUUUGACCCCGUCUGACUCACAGUGUAAUGUUGAAACAGCGUAAUGCUUUAAUUGCUGAGGGAAAAUCUCUCCCCCGGUGCAAGUGCUGCUUGAUAAACCAGAAUUUCUCAAAUUAGUUUCUGAAGAGCUCGCGAUGAAGUGCAAAUAAGAAAGGAUUGUUAUUUUAAGUGGUCAAAUAAAAGAGAAACUUUCAUAGAAACUAGAGGCUAAACUCUGAUUUGUUGCAGGAUUGUUAGUGGUGGGGAAGAAAAAAAUCACAGAAAAGUCCUUUGAAGUGUCCAGAGUGGGAGAAGUAAAACGGAUCCAGGAAAGUGUUUGAAACGGGAACUGAAACUAAAAGAAAUGUAUCUUCCCUUUUUCCAUUCUCAGGGUGCUGGGUGACAGGCUACCUCCUUUAUAAAAAUCAACAAAUUUCACUGAGGCGAAAAGCCAUGAUGUGUAUUAAUAGCAGAAAGGACCAAGAGUUGUAAAAACUCUGCAAAUGAAACAAAAGUUGCCUGAAAAAAUGUCAAAAUAGUUUCAGGUGAUUGAGUGAUAUAGGCUAUGUUUUUAUGUCUCUGUGUCGUGCAGCAUCAGUUUUUAUUAUACUGCACUUGCCAAUGGUGAUGAAUUAACUUUUAUUACUCAAUUCUUGUUUUCCAUAACCAGAGCUUGAUUUUCUUUUUAGCAUAAAACCUUCGUUUCCUGUGGAUGAAAAUUUUUUUGUUACAAUUCUCCCAGAUUUUCAGCAAUUGUGCUGAGUACUUUGAAAAUGCCUAAACACUUAAAAGUUAGAGGACUUAUUUUUGUUACUCUGAAGGCAUAUUUAAUAUGAUGCAAUAAUGAUUUUUCUGUGCCUUAAAAAUUCAUCCAGGGCAUAAAUGACCAUCCAUUCACUAUUUGUUUAUCCUUGGGUGAAGUCAGCAGGGGGGCUGGUGCCUGUCUCCAUGUUGCCGAGAGACAUCUUGGACAUAAGUUGUCCACUUUUUUAUUUAAGUGACAUUUCACUUUAGGCUAACUGUUUCAUUUUGUUUUAUUACGGAUUAAAUAACAGCUAUAAAUUUAGCAGCAUUUUAAAACAAAAGUUUUGUCAAGCUGUCGUCCACUGAGUUUUAUUAUUCAUCCCUGACAUGUGUCGGUCUGUUUCACUGCCUUCAGCAGAUCUACAUCUCAUCAGAGGACAAUCUGGAACAUGAUUUCUUAUCCUCUACAGAAGGGUUUCCAAAGCUGAUGUCUCAUCUGUCAGGCAGAUUUGGUGCUUUGAAGGUUCCACCUACAAGUAGGGGUAGCCGAUAAAUCAGCCUGCCGAUAAAAUGUGGAUUUCCUCGGCCGGUACUUAAAUGUGAAGCGGAGCUUAUUCACCGAUCUUAUCUACUUCAGCAAAAGUCUAAAAUUCAGCCUUUCUGAAUUUGCGAUCGGCCAGAAAACUGCAAUCAGUGCACCCCUAUCUCCAACAGUCAAAAAUGUAAUGAGCUUGUGUUUGAAAAGCCUUCAGCAUGCAAGCGCCUUGUGAUUUCCCUCUUUGUGUGCGCAAAGGAAGCAGGAGGUGGAGUGAGAUUUGUGGAAGUAAAUUAGAUUUUUGGCCAUUUUAUGCGAAGCAGACCUAUUGCCAUUUUCUCUACUUUUAAAAAGUAGCUUGGCUGUUUUACGCAGAGCUUUUUUUGAGACUGAAUGAUUCCCUGCGAGGGCUUUUAUGUCUGCAAGACUGUGUAUUAAUAUUUUGUUUAGGAGAAUUGUGUAAAUGAAGACUUGUGUGUUACAUGCCUUUUAAAGAUGAUAUGAAAGAGUAUUUGUAAAACUUGAAGCAUUUCUGACCAGAAAGGAUCACAGUCUAACAUAUUACAUCUAUGUUCCAUUAAAAAAAAAUACACUGAGCUAUUAUUAAGAGUAUGCUGACAAAUCAUAACAUUUAUUUUCAUGCCAUAUUGCUGAGAGCACCUUGACUUAAGAGUUACACUUCUGUCACCUCUUGACAUCUGUAGCAUCCAGCGUAAAAAUGUACUAAAACCUUAUAAUUCAGGUUCAUUUCUUUACUAUUUGGCAGCAGUAUAAUCUCACACAGAAAAGGAACAAACUCCCACUUCUAACACCCUAAGUUAGCAUUGCUAAAAUGCACAGUCAGCACAACGAUGAAGGCAGUUAAAAAUAAAAAAAAAUAAAAAAAAUUCUGCUUAAGAAUUGUUGCAAAUUUCUCAGGGAGAAAUGAUGCUAGUCAUCAGGCUUUGUACGAAUCUUUGUCAAGGGUACAAACAAACGUGGAGGUCGCUAUUCAUAGAGCCAAACUGUUUUGGUUGUAAUGUCGUAGAUGCAGUCUUGAGUACUAUAAUCCAGCGUGUUAAUCCUUAAUCCCCAUCGUGAAUGUCUGCUUGAUCUCGAUCGUGGUAGUCUAAAAAUACACAUGGCAGCAGUGGAGGAAGAGUGAGUCAAAAUGAACCUCUAUAAAAUCUAAACAAGCAGCUGCUCUGAACUUUCCAUCAAGAAGUCAGAAUAUUGUGCCAACUUGCCUAAAAAGAGAGCAAAUGUUUCUCUUUUAAGGGAUUUUGCUUGUUUUAGGAUCUUCAAACAUGACAUAAACACUGCAAAGACGUAACAAGACUCCAUUCACACAAAACGAUUCUUCGUCUGAAACAUAUUCACUCAUAUGAAAGAUGCGUCUCAUGUAAUGAAGACAAAGCUGAGGCUUUUUUUCAGUCAAUGUGUAACAACAGACUUGUCUGUUUUCUCUUGAUGAUGGACAUGUAGAGCAAAUAAAGGAUUUUUGUAUUGA